AUGUCAAUUGAAGGGAACGCGGCUCAUCUGGUACAGACCAAGGAUAGCUUCGUCGUUGUGUUAGUGGAUGGAGAUGGAGCUAAAUUCCGCGACGAAUUCCUACGAGACCCGGAGAAAGGAGGAGAAGAAGCGGCCACGACCCUGAGAAAAAGCAUCCAGGAGUACAUGAAGAAGACAUCCCCCCACGCGGACGAAACUCUUGUGAUUGCCAGAAUCUUCGCCAGCUUUACCGAUCUCGGAAGGAGCUUGAGGACGGAAGGCGUUGUCAACGCCGAGAACGAUAUAUCAAUCUUUGCUGAGCACUUUACCAACGCAUGCGCCGAAUUUGAUUUUGUGAAUGUCGGGAAGGGAAAGGAGAAUGCAGAUUAUAAGGUCCGCAAGAUGUUGAGCUAUUUCCUGCGUAACUUCCAAUGUCGCAAGAUCUUCUUCGUCGGUUGCCAUGAUGCGGGGUACAUUCAUGAUUUACGUGAACACACAAGGGACGUUGAGGCAGAGAAUCGCAUCGUUCUCGUUGAGACCACGCCCGCAGAGCCCGGGUUUGCAACGCUUGAUUUACCGAUUGAACGGUUUGAACGGGUUUUCAGGUCAACUCCAUUCGCUAAUGAAACCAAGAGACACAGUGUGUCCACAUCCGUACGCUCGGAAAUCACGUCGAUAUUCCCAACCACACCGAAAAGUCAUCACGCUCCCCAGAUGACCCGAACCUAUGCAAACGUGGGGGGAUCCCACCAUGUCGACAUCGAUCUGAACAAGCCGGACGAGCAGAAGCCCAAGUCCAUUCGAUGCAACAGAGAGUUCCAGCGAAUCGACCCUACCAUUCGAGAACACCGGGGUGUUGGCGACGGCCUCACAUACAAGAAGAAAAAGGACUCGAUCCACCCUCGCCCGUUCUGUAACGGGUUCUACCUGGCGGGGAAAUGCAACAAAACCGACUGUGCGAUGGAGCAUAAUAUCGAGCUCACACCGGGUGAGAUUGCCGUCCACCGGUUCAAGGCACGGACGGGUCUCUGCUCGUCUGGCCCAGCGUGUCGCAGCUACGACUGCAUGCUAAGCCACCACUGUCCAUUCGGCCAGACCUGUGGCAAGGGCGCUUGCAAAUUCAAGGCCUCUCGCUGGGGAGAUCUCCAUUACUCGGCGGCACAGCUACAGAUUGUGCAAGUACUAACCAAUUCAGAAGUGGAAACUGGACUAACAAUGUGA